AGAUAGAAACAUUAAUCGAAUUACAAUUAGCUAAUGAAACUCAAGCACAAGAUGAAAAUAUUAGACAAAAAUUUGCGAUUAAAAAGGUAGAUGAGGCCUUCAAGCAUGAAAAGUUAUUGGAAAAGUACAAAGAUUUCAAAACAGAGGAAAUUAAUGUAAAGGGAAAUGAAUCUGAAUUAUUUACAGAUAUUGAAUCAGUUAAUCAAUCUUUCGAUUCUGAUAAAAAAUCUUUAGAAGAAAUUGUAAAAGAGAAACUAAAACAAGCACUAAGUAUCUUAGGUGAGAAAGCUAUUAAGCUUAUUGAAGAGAAUUUUGGUCAAUUAAAUAAGAUGCUAAAAACCUUUGAUGAUUAUCAGAAACUUCUCAGUUAUGAGAAGUCUUUACUUGAAAAAUUAGAUGUUCUAAUUAAUGAAGAAUUAAUUAUUCUGGACCAACUAAAUGACAAAUCGAAUGAACUAAAUAUUGGACAGGAGAUGGAGAAAGUGAAUAAUCGUUUAAUGGCUUUAGUAGAUUUAAAAGAGCUUGCAUGCCAAUAUGCUAAUCAAACAGUUUAUUCAAAAAGAUUAGAUUUUAUUCACGAUACUUUAAAUUCGCCAGAUAAGAAAGCCAUAUUAUUUAGCAAUAUAAUGUUUACAGAAGAAGGAAUUAAUAAAUGUUACAGAGAACUUGCAUCAUGUUUUCAUCCUGAUAGAACGAAAUAUUCUAAUACUCCAAAUAGACUUUAUGAUAAUAAUAAAUGCCUUGGUGCAGAGAUCUUUAGAAUUGCUCAAGAAAUUAAAGAAAGUUUAUUGACAGAUUUAGAGAGCGCUUCAAAAAGCAAGGGCAUACUUGAUUUUCAUGAAAAUAAUGCGAAUGAGCUUUGGAAGAUUGCAAUUGAUUAUCGUAAUGCUCAUAAAGGAAACUAUAAUAAACUAAAGUUGUUAAAUAAAAGAGAAAUCGAGGGAAUUCCACAUGAUGAACUGAGGCACUUAAGUAUAACAAAUGGAUUAUUAGCAUGUGGAGAAUAUCGAGCAGCUUGUAAAGUUGCAGACAGAACCAAAGAGUUAAAAAAGCAAAUAAAACUACGGGAUAAUAUGGCAUUAUGUUUAUAUAUAUCUGACCGUUUCCUUGAAGCUCAAUUAUAUGCAUUAUCAGCAAUUCGAUUAAUUUAUCAACAUUAUGACCAUAUUUCUCAAGAAGACUUUAAUGGGACACUUAAUAAGGCAAAAAAAAUAUUUGACAAAGUUAGAGAAGAAACAUCUCAAUUGAAUACUGACACUAAGUUGAAAGAUGAUUUGAAUAGCUCACUGGCAUUAGUAAGUAUACCGAAUCGGAGAGUACCUUUUUUAGAAAGGAUUACUAUUCGGAAAUUUAUUAACGAAGACAUAGCAAAAUUAUCGGCAGAAUUAAUGUUCAAACCUGACCGUCAAAUUGUUAGUUAUCAAGCCCCUAUGAAAAAUAUUUUACGUACCGAAAAGCUUCAUUAUAUGCGCGCAAUAAUUGUCGGAGGAACAAUGAUAGCCUUAUUAUUGCCGGUAGUAAUCUUGGCAGGCGUCGCGUUCCCAUUAUUAGCCCCUCUAAGUCUAGGAUUAUGGUCCAGUUUAGUAUUAUGGCCUAGUAGCAUAUUGACAAAAGGGGUCAAUAAUUUUCAAGAACCAAACAUUCGUAAGAAACUCAAUAAAAUUAUAUCGGAUGCAAUAGAAGCUUAUGAUAAAGGAGAUUAUCAGAAAUUUAUCAAAUUACUUUCUGAAGAAUAUAAAAAGGAUACGAGUAUUUUAAGAUUAAAUGACCGUGAUGAUGUCAUUGUACCUAAAAAUAUAAUAAAUUCACUUUUGAGCCACGGUUUUAGAUCUGACGGUAUUGCCUAUCUAUUAAAUUUGAUAGGUGAAGUAUUAUGCGGUGGUAAAAUAGAAAUUUCGAAUAAAAUACAGGAAGAAUUAAAUUUUAUGGGAAAAACUGCUUUUACAGGAGUGUUAAAUGAAAAUCUUAUUAAAGAAGCUAAAGAAUUAGAUGAUCGUGUUCCAGAAGAAUAUGUAGAAAGUGCCAAUGAACAGUCUUUUCUAUCAAGGUUGGAGGAAAUGCGCAAUAUCGCAAGAAUUAACAUUGCAAUUUUUGAUAUAUUAAGUACCGACGAGAAAGCGAUCGCAAGAGUUAUCGAAACUAUUAAUGGGAUUCGAGAUUCUUGUAAUCAUCAAUUUGAUAGCUCAACAGAAUUGCGAUUAAAAGUCUUGGAGGAUUUUUUAUGGAUUAUAGGUGGUGAAGUUUCUGAAACACCUUUAGUUUAUUCUAUCGAAUCAACAGAACAAUUGAAUGAGGAUCAAUUAGCUGAGCAUGAUGGGAAAUACUUCACUUAUCUGAAUGAAAAAUUACAAAAAACAUCUACUAAUAAGGAAAAGGUAUUCCUCUAUGAUAAAUUGGCCGAUUACUAUGUGAAAUUUGCUGAAAGAGAAGAUACAGUCAAUCGAAUGAAUAGCUUACAUCAUUGGCAAAAUGCUCAGAAAAAUUACGAGAACAUACGCAAAAUAGAUCCUAAUAAUCUAGAUGCGACUCUUGGUCUUGCAAAAUGUUUAUUAAAUUUAUCCCAAUAUGAUCGGGUUAUAAAGCUUUCUAGAGCAAAUCCUUGGUUAACAUCAUCAGCUGAGUAUUGGUAUUUCUGCAUUAUAGCUUAUUGUAAAAAAUUAGAAUACGAAGAUGCUUUUGGAUGUAUUAUUAAGGCGUUGGAACUAGAUCCUCAAAAUCCCUUGGCUACGAAACAGAAGGAACUCCUCGAUAGGCUAAAAAAUGAACAUACAAUUAAAAAACGCAUUAGUUAUUAUAAUAGAAAAAUGUAUGAUGUAGAUGAUUCAAAAAAUUCCUACAAACAUCGCAAUGAUAAUUCUGUUUAUCGAAUUCUCUCGAUUGAUGGAGGAGGUGUGCGCGGUGUAUUACCUGCUUUAUGGCUCAGUGAACUAGAAUACCGUGCUCAUAGACCCAUUUCUCAACUAUUUAAUAUGGUGACUGGAACUUCCACAGGUGGAAUCAUUGCCGCUGGGCUUUCAAUGCCACGCUUUGAGUUUUCGAAUUCUAAAUUGCCUCUUUCGACUAUAGAUUUAUUGGAAUUUUAUCAAAAUCAAGUGAAAUCUAUAUUUACAUUAAGUAACAAAUGGAAUAUAUCUAGCAAAUCAGCUACGAAAUAUACAGAUGAUGGCCGCUUUUCAAUGUUGUCCAAGUAUUUUGGGAAAACUUUGUUAAGUCAAGCAUCCAUUGAGUUGAUUAUUCCUGCAGUAAAUGUAAACAAUCUAAGAUCAAAAUUGUUUACAAGUUAUGAUUCACUUAAUAAUAACUCAAAAAAUGAUACAAUUUUUAAUAUUUUAAUGGCAACAACUGCAGCACCCACUUUCUUUCCCUCUUAUGAGAUAAAAGAUAAGGGCGUUUUCAUAGACGGAG